CCCUCUCACAAAGUCCUAAUCAUUGCCUUCUUCCCCACCCCCACCGAGCGAAGCAAAGCAAAGCAACCCCCCGCCGCAACCGAAAGGCGGAACCAAUCCCCCCUGCCGCCGCCGCCGCCGCAGAGAACUCUCCUCGCCGGGCUGAGCGGCGCGCUACCCCUCCUUCUGCUCCUCCUCCGCCGGCGGCGCGAUCGGGAUGGCGCGCGGGCUGCGCGGCGUCCGGGACGACCUGUCGGAGCUGGGCCGCCACCUGCUCGACAUCGCCUGCUUCCUCCACCCGCUCCUCUCGCCGGCCCACACCGACUCCCCGCCCCUCACCCCCACGGCCCACGCCGCCCGCCGCAACCGCUCCCCUUCCCCGCGCCCCGCGUCCCCGCCUUCCUCCCCGUCCCUCCUCGCCGGCAUCCUCGCCGACCUCGCCGAGAUCGGCGGCUCCUUCCGCGUCGGCUUCUCCCCGCGGGGAUCCCUCCCCGACCGCCCGCCGCCGGCCCGGGCCCUCCCCGGCCCGGACUCCCCGCCCCGCGCCGCCGCUGCCGCUGGCAUCGCUGACGGUGUCGUGGGCGCGGCUCGCUCCUUUGCCGCCAGGCCUGAGGCGUGGAUUGACUUCCCCGUGCUCGCGCUCGAUGAGAAUUCUGCAAUCUCUGAUAUUGAAAGGGAUCAUAUGAAAGUUAUUGAAGAACUUGUCCCUGAUUUGGCAUCUUUACGGGCUAGGCUCUGCCCAUCCUACAUGGAUGAAGAUGUAUUCUGGAAGAUAUACUUUAGAUUGCUUGAAUCAAACCUCAUUGAGCAUAACUCAGAGAUGUUGUACUUUCAGGAAGAUAACCAGAAUGUGCCGCGCCAUCACGUAAAUGAGAUAGAGUCAGAUUCUGCUCCUCAUGUCUGUGAGAUUGAAAGCGAGAAAAGCAUUCAAGAGGGUUACCAAUCUUCAGAGAGUCAUGCUUUGAGCAAAACACGAUCUGAGCAAAGCAUUGACCAAUGGGUGUUUGCAAAGUCGAAGUCUGAGCAGAGCAUGGAUCAGUGGUCGGAAAUCCCUUCCGAUGUGGAAUCUUUCAGAGAAGGUAAAAGGUACCUCAGCAGCGAGGCUGAGGAGAUGAGCGAUGCUGACAGUUCCAAUGUUGUUGUCAUGGACAAAUACAUGGAUUCACUCCUGCCAGAUCGGAGAAGCCUCUCGUACGCCAGCUCCUCUGUCCGACGUGAUUCGGUAAGAAGAAAACCUGCCUCGUCUCCUGAAUAUAGCCACCGACCUCCGCAGCCUACACAGCAUGCAUCGCUGUCGAAGAAGGAAUCAUGGGAUGUCAUCGAGGAUUCGGAGUUUGAUAUACUUGACAGUUAGCGGUAAGGGAUCUUUGCAGUCUUUCCGGCUGUUUAUCCUCUUAUUUUUCUUCAUGACCCCUUCAGCUGGUUUGUAAAUGGCGACCUUCAGGCGGUGCCAGUGAUCGUGGGCAAAGAUCUUCAAAGUAAUAAUAUCGUGUGCAUAUUCUCUCUAUGUUUCUAGAGUGUAUAUCCUCUCAUCGUCUCAUGCAUGUCACCUGCUGUAACAUAAGAAAUUCGUGAUGGAUCCCUCAAAGAGUGAGGCUUGGGUACUGGCCUCCUUGCAGUAGAAAAUUUGCUUUUCACAUUUUA